AUGUCACAUGAAACAAUACUACAGUCAAACCAUGAGUCCCCAGCUAAUUCUGACGAUUUGUCAGAAAGUAGAAACACUCAUGCUACUUCACCGCCGUCAUUUGACUACUACUUUGACAACAAGCACAAAGAUGAUGAAGUGGAGACUCACUUGUCACCAAAAUUGAAUGAUUUGAUGACAUUUUCCGACAUUAUUGAAUCGGAUCCAAUAACAAUACCCAAGGAUUAUCAUCACCGGCAAAGCAGUGACACAAAAUGGGUGUUUAAAGGAGACGAGAUAGUAAAAUCGAUAUCUCAACCUCACCCCCAACCGGUGACUUCUCAGAAUAUACCGCAAUCAUUAUUACCUAAGGAAUUGGAAGAUACGCGAAAGGAAUCGAUUGUAAGUACCAACGAUGCUCUCCAAACACAUCAUCAACAACAGCAACAACAACAACGUGCUGGACUUCCAAGAUCAACAACCACGGAUUCAAUUCAGAUGGAGCAAUCCAAUGUGCAUCAAAAGAGAGUUUUACAGAUUAAGAAUCUUGAGGAGCAGGCAACCAGCAGAGCAGAAGGAGAGACAUACAAGGUACUUUACUGUAUGUUGACGGGAAUCAGAGUUGCAGUUAGUUAUAAAGCAAUGGGUGUUCACAAGUUGACAUCAGCUGAUUUCAGUCAAGUACAAAAAUUUACUUUCCAGGAUAAUGAUACCAUUACUCCAGCCCUGAAUUAUGAUUUUCGUUUUUAUGAUUAUGCCCCUCAAGUUUUCCGCUGGCUUCGAGACCAAUUCAAUAUCGAUCAAGCAAAUUACCUUAUAUCUAUAACGGGCCAAUUAAUUGUAUCGCAAAUCAAAUCAGAGGGUAAAUCAGGUUCAUUGUUUUAUUUCAGCAAGGAUAACGUCUAUAUCAUCAAGACACUAAGGUAUAACGAAUUUAAAUUUUUACAAAAGAUUUUGGAAUCAUAUGUUGAUCAUGUGGGCAAGAAUAAGAAUACAUUGAUUAGUCAAUUUUAUGGAUUACAUCGAGUAAAAGUGAGAACAAGUACCGGGAAGUCAAGAACUCAUCAUUUUGUCAUUAUGAAUAAUCUUUUCCCACCCAAUGCCAUAUUGAGUCAGACUUUUGAUUUGAAAGGGAGCACAGCUGGGAGAUAUACUCCAAUCACGAAGGGGAAAAAGUCAACAUUAAAGGAUAACAAUUUCCUAGAAUCGAAAAUAAAGAUUGCAUUUGGUCCAGAGAUUCGCGAGCAAUUUUUCAAGCAAUUGCAGCUGGAUGUUCAAUUUUUAAUCAAAAAUGGAAUAAUGGACUAUUCAUUACUAUUGGGGAUUUGCAAUUCUAAAACUGGUCAUAGCAAUUGGGAACAUUAUGAAGAAGAUUCAUCUCCCACUGAACGGUUGAAUUAUUUUUAUCGACAAGAUGGUGGCAUACAAGCAACAAAUGAACGUGACCAACCGUUACCAGAAAUAUAUUAUCUUGGGAUAAUUGAUUGUUUGACUUAUUAUUCAGUGAGGAAACGAUUGGAGACAUUUUUCCGAUCGUUUGGCCAAUCACGAAGUACUAUCUCUGCAAUACCUCCAAAGGAGUAUGGUGUGAGGUUUCUCAAGUUUAUUCAAAACGGAACCACUCAAGGGAAAUUCAAGACGGAAUAA